GCCUCGUGGCGUCGAAUUGGAAUCCACUUGGACUCCUUCUUGAUACACGGUGCAUGUCGGCACAUCAAUCGAGCAGCCUCUCCAAAUUCACUCGUCAUGAAUGAUGCGCACAGAGAGACCAGUUUUGAUGUCUUGAUUGUCGGAGCAGGAUUGUCAGGCAUAAUUGCAGCUCAACGUUAUCUCGAAGCGCAUCCCAACUGCCGUCUAACAAUCCUCGAGAAAGAUGACUGCGUUGAUGGAGUAUUCAGCAAGAGAAGAUUAUACGAUGAUUUUUGGACGCAAUGGACAGUUGGGCUUGCCGAGUUCUCCGACCUGCCUAUGCAACGACCACCAGAAGAAGAUUGUAAGCAUGACUGCUUCAGGGCAAAGUAUACAACAAAAUACUUGGAAGAAUAUGUAGACAAGAUGUGCCAUGCAGGCCAUUCUUUACGAGAAAGGGUCCAAUUCGGUAUUCGCGUGCAGUUUGUAGAGAAAACGGACAAUGAAUGGAGGAUAUCCUGCACGGAUUCAAGCCAAACCCCAGUUGUGUUCUCUGCGACCAAACUCAUGAUUGCCAAUGGCGAGAACUCUCUGCAAAAUAUGCCAAAUCUGCCUGGAAAGGAGAACUUUGGUGGAAUCAUAAUACAUUCGGAAGCUUUUGGAGAGUCAAACAUCAUAUUCGAUGAUACGGUCAAGGAUGUUGCAGUCAUCGGAGCAGGAAAAUCGUCUGCUGACAUGGUUUACGAAGCGGUCAAGGCAGGAAAGAACGUUUCUUGGAUCAUUCGGACUACUGGAACAGGCGCCGGUUUCUUUGCGCUGAUCGAUCUUAAUACUCCUUACAAGAACGGUGUUGAGGCAGCACAAACCAGAAUCAUGUCAUCACUGCAACCUUCACUUCUGAACGAAGAUAGCUGGUGGAGUUGGUGCCUACAUAGCACCCGUCCAGGUGUGAUGCUUAUCACUAAGAUCUUCUCUAUUUUAGACAAGGAGGUCCGGAAACGGGCAAACUACAAGGGGCGCAAAAGCACGAAAGGGUUUGAAAGAUUGGAAUACGAUACAGAUAUCUUUUGCAGAGAACUAUAUCUCGGAGAUGGAACUCACUUUCCUUGUGACGCUGUCUUAUGCGGAACUGGCUGGAAGCCUGGAAUUGAAAUCUUCGGUCCAGACCUUCGCGUGAGGCUUGGUCUGCCGCAUCUGAAGGAUGAUGAGCCAUACGAGAUGACAGCGAAGUGGGAGAAGCUGGCAUUAGAAGCGGAUGAGAAAGUGCUGAAGAAGUAUUUAUUGCUCGCACAUCCGCCAGAUCAUGCUCACAGACACAUUGACACAACACCAUACCGGCUCUACAAUAAUAUCGCGCCCUUAAACGACGACACAAUCCUCUUCAUGAACCAUGUUACAGCAGGGAACAAGAUUUUCGCAGCGGAAGCUCAAGCAAUCUGGGCUGUGGCUUAUUUUGACAAGAACAUCAAUCUUCCUUCCAUUGAGGAACGGGAGAAGGAGGUUGCCUUGUGGAAUGCUUGGUGCUUGCGACGAUAUCUUUCAAAUGGAGAACGCGGAAACUUUGCAGCUUUCGACAGUGUUCCGUACGUCGAUAAGCUGCUGAUAGAUAUCGGGGCUACGGCACAUCUGAAGGGGUGGUGGAGGGAUACUUUCGAGCCGUUCAUGCCUAGCGAUUUGGGCAAGGCAUGGAAGGAGUAUCUCGAGUCGAGCGAGACCAAGACGUCGUUCAAUAGUUGA